GUUACUUCCACUUCAACCGAUCAAAGCCUUGACGAGUUAUUCCAAGGCCAGACCAAAACGACGAUAACCAGAGAAGACCGCAGGAUAGGGCUCAGGGCCCUAGUCUGCAAUUAAAUUUGUAUCCGAACGAUGUGUCGGUUCAUUUCCACUUUCCCUGGCUGGAUUCACAACGGAUGUUAGCGUCCCAGUUGAUCAAUAAGGUUUUUUUUAGCUUUAAGUAACCCCUAAUCGUUUCGUGCAUAAACUAAUGAAGCUUGGUGUGUUCAUUGAUGGAGGUAGCUUCCUUUACAACCCAAUUUUUCCGCCAAACCCUAAGAUCAAUUUCUCGGCAGUUUAUUCAAACCAUAAUCGUUACCGCUCCAAUCGUCUAUUUUCCAACAAAAAGAUAAAGUGGGAGAAGAAGUCUCCUCUGGUUAUUGCUAAUUGUGCACAGAAAAACUCUCAAGGUGAAGAAGUGAAUAAUUUGGGGGUUAAAGCUGCUCUAUCUUUGCUCAUGUUCUACAAGAGUGAAAUAUCACCAUUGUUGCCCAAAAGUUGUCGAUACAUUCCGACAUGCAGUGAGUAUUCCAUGAUUGCUUACAAGAAGUAUGGAUUUGUAAAGGGUACUGCCUUGACUGCUUGCCGUCUUUGUCGCUGUAAUCCUCUGGGAGGAUCUGGAUUCGAUCCCCCAAGAUGGUAUGGUGAGACCAAUCCACCAGAGCAGUGAGUGAGCUAAAUGCUUUUAAGUUCUCAUAUUUCUUCUUUAUAAGGAUCUAUUUGGAACUCAGAAAUUUGGAGGUAAAUACAGGAGAGUUUUGUAGGAAAAGAAAACGUGAAAGAAAAUGAAAAAAAAGUUGGUUCAAAUUUAACAAAUCAAUUAUAGAUAUAUGUUUGAACUGGGUUUUAGUUAUAUAUUUUCAAUAUAUGUAAAUUAUAUUUUUAAGGGGUCGAUAUGUAUGGAAAAGUUUAAGAAGUUUUGAUCGAUUUCAUUUUCCUUGAUAUUUUCCAAGGUAAAAUCGAACGGUCAAAAUAUUUCCUAGCAUUUAUUUCAUUCACUACAAUUUUUGGUGAUCCAAACAUAGUCACAAUAGGAUCUAUCAUCUCGGCAGCAGCCAUCUUUUGACUGAAUCUUUUUGUUUUCCUGAGUUUUGAAAUAUUUUCUUCUGCUAGUAGACAGUAGUGGUGAGACUAUUCCGCUUUGAGGAAAGUGGCAUCUGAUAUCUGAUCAGAAAGAGAGUUCCAUUUGCAUAAAAUCAUUAUAUUUGCUCUUUUACAUAACCUUUCAUGGCUCUAUUGUCAUUCUUGAUUGUCACAACAUUACUUCUGGAUUAUGUGGUCAUCAGUAUGGUACUGCUUUUUAUAAAAUAUUGAAUUUUGAAUAAAAAACACUGAGAUGCAACUUAAGUGUGAGGUGAGGUUUAUUUUAUUGUGAAAAACAAGAAGUUUGGUUACUAUUUUAUGGCGUGAAGUGCUUAAAUGGAUAAAUAUCCUGUACAUCCAAUUAAAUGCCAUAGCCAUUCCUCACUCACUUCAUGAAGACUUUAGAUCCAACCUACCAUGUUUUCCUUUUCCCACUUUUCAUCACAAAAAAGAUAGAAAGAAAUGAAUAGGUUAGCUUUUUGAGCUUUUGCGCCUCCAAAAUUCUUACAAGUAAUAAAAGAUAGUCACAAUGGUCCCUCAUGGUAGACUUGCAGCAAUUGCAUGUCUCCUGUUUUUAAAGUGUGUGUAUAUUGCUAGAUAGAAUAAUAAAGGCCUAGCUUUCUCUUGCUUCAAUCCUCAAAAACUAUAAUCCUCUAAGCAAUGAUAAGUUUGCUUGUGGAGCAGGGGCGAACUGGUUUCGGAACGAAACCGGAUAUUACGGAAACCAGAUAUCAUCGUCUCACGCACAAUGCAAAGUAAUGAAGAGCACUAGGUUUAAGAACUAAGUGCUCUAAAUGUGACAAUAAUGUAUCAAAUUGGUUAAAAACAUGGUAGCAAUUUGGCUGGCAAAUCAAUAUUCUGUCAUUGCAUUGCUUUGAACAUGAAGAUACAUUAUGUACAGGUAAAAGUGCAUCAGUGCGCGAUUUGCACGGUGAAUGCUCUUUUCAUUCAGGGGACUUGUUUUGCCAACAAAUUGUAGAUGGACAAAGACAAGAUAGCAUAGAUGUCUUUGUAAUUGACAAAUACCUAAUCCUUGAAGCACAACGGCAGGAAUAAAUUCAGCUACUUCAAGGGUGUUUACUAGAACCAGAGUUGAUUAGGUAGUUCAUAUAGUCAAUGUUUACAAGUUGACAAAGACACGACUUUGUUUGCAACAACAUGGGCAAUUUAUUCUAGCUAGUAGUACUCCAUAAUAAUAAAAUGUUUUUGGAAAAUUGCUUUAAA